CAUGACGGGGAUGGACACAUAGGAUAACAUGACGGGGAUGGACACACAUAGGAUAACAUGACGGGGAUGGACACACAUAGGAUAACAUGCCGGGGAUGGACACAUAGGAUAACAUGCCGGGGAUGGACACAUAGGAUAACAUGCCGGGGAUGGACACAUAGGAUAACAUGCAGGGGAUGGACACAUAGGAUAACAUGCCGGGGAUGGACACAUAGGAUAACAUGCCGGGGAUGGACACAUAGGAUAACAUGCCGGGGAUGGACACAUAGGAGAACAUGCCGGGGAUGGACACAUAGGAUAACA